CAAAACAGAGCCGCUUCCCCGGGGACACGCCCGUCGAUCCCCGCCGCUCGCUUACCCCCACCUCCGCCAUGGCCGACGUCCCCGACGAAUCCGCCACCCAAACCCAGGCCCAUGGAUGCAGCUCGUACCCCUUCUCGUUCCCUUCCCAGCCGCCGGACAUCAGGAACUGGUUCUCGAGUUACCAGUACGAGUCGCCGGAGGUGCCGGAGCUGGCUGUUGACCCUCCUGCUGUUGACAACGGCAGCGAGACCCAAGACCCGUUGGAGUUCCGGGUGGCUGGGCAUUCGUUUCUGAAGCACGCCCCUCGGGAUGGCAGUACCGAUUUGAAGGGGGGCUGGUUUGGGAGCCAAGCUGAACCUGAUGAGGUUUCUGCCAGAGAAGAUAUCCUUCCGAUUUGUAGGAGCACGGUGGAACAGGGCACGAAAAGGAAGCAAAACCUGCGGGGGCUCUUUGGGUCAGGUUUUCUAGACGAUUAUGAAGAAGCUACUCAGACUGAAAGUCAGGUUGUGUCGCCUGUGCAGAGAAGUGCAGUGGAUCCUCCGUGGAACCGCAACUGGGUCGGCUUACGGAGUAGAAAGCGCAUCCAUGAAGGCGCACUUGAACACAGCGAGCUGCAGACAGAUAGUGAAAGCACUUGUAUAGCUGAAACUCAAACUGAAAAUCCGGUGGUGUCGGCUGCACUGAGAAGUGCAGUGGAUCCUCCGUGGAACUGCAACUGGAUAGGCUUACGGAGUAGAAACCGCAACCACGAAGGCAUAGUUGAAUACAGCGAGCUGCCGACGGAUAGUGAGAGCACUUGUAUAGCUGAAACUCAAGAAAACCCUGCAGGAGGUUUGGAGAUUGACCACAGAAAACGGCCAGUUAAUUGCGGCGGUACUAGUUUAGCUUGUAUUGAGGAAGGUUUCCUAGAAGAUGACAUUGAACACUGCAACCUGCCAGUUGAUUCUCACAGUAAAGGCCUGGCACAUGCUGAGAAAACUAAGCAAAGUCUACGAGGGUUGUUUGGAGCAGGUUCUUUAGACAACCAUGAUGAAGCUACUCAAACUGAAAGUCAGGCAGUGUUGCCUGUGCUGAGAAGUGCAGUGGAUCCUCAUUGGAACUGCAACUGGAUAGGCUUACAGAAUAGAAAGCGCAGCCAUGAAGGCACAAUUGAUGACAGCGAGUUGCUGACGGAUAGUGAGAGCACUUGUAUAGCUGAAACUCAAGUAAAUCCCCCAGGAGGUCAGCAGACCAACUACAGCAAACAGCCAGUUAAUUGUGCUGGUACUAGUUUAGCAGCAGAUACUAGCCUAGAAGAUGGCAUUAAACAUAGCAACCUGCCGGAUAAUUUUCCUAGUAAAGGCCUAGCGGGUAGUGAGAAGCCUAAGCGAAGUCUGCGAAAAUUGUUUGGAGCAGGUUUUCUCAACGGUUGUGAUGAAGCUAAUGAAUCGGAAACUCGGGUGGUGUCUGCUGUACAGAGAAAUGCAGUGCAGCCUCUGUCAAAUUGCAAUGCUGCAGGCUUGCCUCACAUUGAACAUAUCCAUGAAGGCGCAGUCGGAUAUAGUGAGCUACUGGCAGAUCAUGAAGUCAUCGGUAUAGCUGAAACUCGAGAAAAUCCCCAAGCAGGCCGGGUGAUUGAACACAACAGACUGCCUGUUAACUGUGGUAGAAUGAGUUUAUUAGCAGAUACUGAAGAUGGUUUCCUAGAAGCUAUUGAACACAGCAAACCACCAGUCAAUUCUCAUAGUCAAGUCGUAGCUGAUACUGAGAUAACUGGCAUCAAACACCACAUGCUGCCUGCUAAUUCUAAUGGUAUUGGUUCAGCUGUCACAGAAGAAAGCUUUCCUAGAGAUGAAAUCAGCCGAAGCAAGCGUAAACUGGAGCAUAAGAAAACAGAAGAAACAGCUGCGGCGGAUGGUUUCGUUGCCAUCAGGACAAAGGUGAAGUCAGCUGAGAAUUGCAGGACAAACAAGAUUUCCAAGGUCUCAACAGGAAGAGAGAACACAACAUUGCAAGAGAACCGCUGCAUUUCGGGGACUACACCUUUGGGCCAAGGUAGCACUAGAAGCCCCAUGUCAGAUAGGACCAAUAUUUCAGAAGUUGCUGGAGCUCCAUCACUGGAGAUUAGCGGCAAAUGGAAGCACCCUCGUAAAGGCAAGCCCAAUGUUGGACCUCCGAUGAUACAGCUGCGGUUGGAACAAUGGGUGCGCCGAGUGUAACAGUUUAACAUUGUUAAGUUUGGUAAGGAGAGUUUGUGUCAGGAUGAAGCUGGAGUGUUCACCUGACAAAUCAGGUGUCAUGUUCUGCUUUGGUUUUCCUGCCAAACCUGCAUUAGAAGUGCAUCUCCUUUGCAUCGACCAGAAGUUCCUUCGCAACUGCUGCUACAUUCAUCUAUCUGUUAUGGCGUCAUGGUAUGUGCAGCUGACUGAAUGUAGUAGAUAAAGUGCAGAACUUUACAUCGAGCGUUCAGUUGGGAUUGGACUAAUUUACGAAUUGGGAUCUGUUGAACAUGUCGUACUAGCUGUUUUUCAGCCUUCAAAGUGUCAAGGCAUAGCAUGCUACUCCCACCAUGAUUGGUUAGUAAUUUUUUUAGUGGACAGUAAACCUUGCUCUGUUUCUGUUGUUGGUAAGAACCAGUGUGGUUUAUUAUGAAAUAUAUACAAGCAACUAGAUUGGAGAGGCGUGCAUUGUUGCGCCCGUCCCUCUAUGGAUAUGAAUUAUGAAAGAAUGACAUGACAAAUAUUAUAGAAAGAGUGGUAUGGUAGAUCAAAUGCCAAUGCUUUUUUGGCAGAACAAA